AGUAAAAGAUGCGAGUUUUAGUAGCAAACGUAAGCCAACCAGAAUCGGUCUGUUCGCGACCUGAUAAACAACUCCCGUCUUCCCAAUACAGGAUAAUUCGAAAUACUUAGUUUGAAAAAGUUCCAGUAGUAAAUUUAAUACUUGUCAUGUUCAUUUUUCAUAUAAUUUCUGUACUAGUGAGUACAAAAAGAUCGAAAUAUGGAAGGUGCAAGUUUUGCUCAUAUUUUCUAUACUGAAGAUUUUUUCUGGAUUAUAUUUCAAUCAUUUUAUAAUCAUGAGGAUAACAACUGUGUUUAUAUUGUGCCUUUUACUGGACUUUAUCAAAAUCUUGGGCAUUUUAAACCCCUAGAUUGAAAUGAAACUACUUUACAACUCGAACUCUUUAUCAUCUGGUGUGCUUUUCUGAUUAAUUUUUUGUAGUGAUUUAAAGGAGGAUAAAAAUCUACUAUAUUAUCAAUUCUUCGUGAGUCUGAUGAAAUCAUCAGCACUAUUGGGAUCAAAGUCGAGUUCAGUAUGUGAUAAAGAAUGGCUACGUUAAACUUCUUGAUGAUUUUCUUGACUGUUGCCAUUACUACAUGGCAGUGGGUGGCUUCCGAUCCCAGACGUCUCGCAUCCCGCGUGGUACCCACCAAGUAUGGGGAUUUAAGAGGAUAUACCAUAUCUUUGCCUCAUAAAAGUCUUCAACCAAUAGAUGUAUUUUUAGGUGUUCCCUAUGCUAGUGCCCCUGUGGGGUCGCUUCGUUUUAUGCCCCCGGUAACUCCACCACAUUGGAAAGGAGUAAGAACAGCCGAUAGAUUUAGCCCUGUUUGCCCUCAAAGGUAUCCUGAUGUCAGCAAUGAAACAGAAGCGUUGAAACGGAUGCCUGCUGGAAGGCUCGAAUAUCUAAAGCGAUUGAUUCCUUAUCUUAGGAACCAGAGUGAAGAUUGUCUUUAUCUUAAUAUCUAUGCCCCUUCUGGAGGUAAUCGAGACAAUGCGAAAUUUCCAGUCAUGAUGUACAUACAUGGUGAAUCAUAUGAAUGGAAUUCAGGCAAUCCAUAUGAUGGAAGUGUUUUGGCUAGUUUUGGAAAUGCCGUUGUGAUUACCAUCAAUUAUCGCCUUGGUGUUCUUGGUUUUCUUCCUGUUAAAGAUGGAACAACAAGAGGUAACUAUGGUCUUAUGGAUCAGAUAGCAGCUCUACAUUGGAUUCAAGAAAAUGUAGCAGAAUUUGGUGGGGAUCCACACAAUGUUACUGUAUUUGGUCAUGGACACGGUGCGGCUUGUGUAAAUCUUUUGAUGUUGUCACCUAUGUCUAAAGACGGCAAUAGGAAAGCAGGUUUAUUUCAUCGAGCAAUUCUGCAAAGUGGAUCUGCCCUGAGUCCAUGGUCAAUUGCUCAUGACGCCCACACUUACACUCGUCACUUGGCUAGAAUACUUGGUUGUCCAACGGAAGAAAGUUUACCUUUAGUAGAAUGCAUGCGACAGAGACCAGUAACCGAUAUCAUGCGGGUACAAUUGAUGGUACCUGAACAUCUGACUGCCUUUGGACCCACAAUUGAUGGGAUCAUGGUGGUAGAUGAUCCGGCCACAGCUAUUGAAGACUACGGUGAAUUGUACGGUCAUUACGACUUACUGUUUGGUGUUACAAGAAUCGAGUCUUAUUUUCACUUUUCCGCUCACGAAGAUAAAUUUGGCAUUGAACUCGAUCGAAGGGAUCGUCUAUUACGGACUUUAGUAAGAAAUCUCUUUACUUAUCAUCUCCAAGAGAUAUUCUUGACUAUUGUCAACGAAUAUACCGACUGGACUAGACCCGAGCAACAUCCGAUCAAUGUGUUGGAUGGUACAGUCGAUGCACUUGGAGAUGCUUUGAUCACUGCACCUCUUUUCAGAACUGGAAAUUAUCAUUCUACAGUUCACGCCAAAACUUUUGCUUAUGUAUUUUCUUACCAGACUGAGAUUGGUGAUUAUAAUCAGAGAUUAGGUUGUAUACACGGUGAGGAUUUAUCCUACGUUUUUGGUGCACCUCUUCUUGGUUCUCUUUUUCAUUUUUCACAUAAUUAUAGUAAAGCGGAAGUUGCGUUAUCCGAAGCAGUUAUGACGUAUUGGGUCAAUUUUGCUAGAUAUGGAGAUCCCAAUAUACUUCCAACUGAGCCUGACAGUUCUCCAGAAAAAACGAGAGGAAGAUUUGACAGAUUAGUUUGGCCACCCUACGAAAAAAUACACCAGCGAUAUCUUAUGAUCGCUAUGAAGCCCAAAGUAAAAGAUCACUAUCAUGCACACCGGCUUUCUUUUUGGUUACAUCUUAUUCCAAAACUUCAUCGAGCUGGGGAUUCAAGUGUUGCUCCUCAGCAUCAUUUGUUAGAAGACCAUGACAAUCCGAGAACUUAUGAUGGAGUAGUAAGACAGCUGUCUCUCACUAUUCCUUCUAUGUCAACAAUAGUGCCGAUAAACACUCCUCUACCGGAGACGAGUAGCACUGUUCAAAUAUCUAGAUAUACGGAACCAACAUGGACUACAGAAAGAGCUACAACCUUCCCUACCGGCUAUAACACUUUAUCUAGUGUAACCACGGCUAGUGUGUCUACAAUUGUUCAGCAUAACACGUACUCCACAGCAUUGAGUGUGACGAUAGCCGUGGGCUGUUCACUUCUCAUUCUGAACGUUCUCAUCUUUGCCGGGGUGUAUUACCAGAGGGAUAAAAAUAGAGUAGACACCAAACUACACCACAGGGACAGCAAGGGAAGACGACAUCCAGAAGGGGAACCAUCUCCAGUGACAGCUACUAUCAAACAGUUUCCUUUGAAAGCACCUCCACCUUCACCAGCUUGUCAGCCACAGACUCUAGAGUUUCCUCCACCCCCACCUAACAUGUUUGUUCCCAAGGUACCGCUUAAACCUAAUACUAUUCAGCCAAAAGACCACGCCGAGGGACAUGUUCUGUUUUCGGCAGGAGGUGCAAAGCCAUAUGGACGUCAGACAAACACCCAAGAGAUGAGAGUUUGACAUUUUCACUGGUGAAAUAAAAGUAACACGUGCAAUAAGCCAGUUCGAAAGCCUUCCAAGAGAGAAUGAGGUCUCCGAAUAAAUGGACAUGUGAUUCCCAUGUGGAAAUGCAAUUUGAGGGUCGAGAACAUGCGAAAAGGGAGAAAGAAUAUAGAUCAUAAUGUAUGUUGUGUAAAGUCAGGAAUUUGUAAAGUGAUCAGAAA